AUGUUCUACACUCAACUCUUCACCUCCAAGCGGGGGCCUCUGGCCAAGAUCUGGCUUGCAGCGCACUGGGAAAGGAAACUCACAAAGGCCCAUAUAUUUGAAUGUAAUUUAGAAACAACCAUCAUAGACAUAAUUUCCCCAAAGAUGAAACUUGGCUUGAGGACCUCCGGUCAUCUGCUGGUCGGUGUGGUCAGGAUCUACUCCAGGAAAACAAAGUAUCUCCUCGCAGACUGCAGUGAAGCACUGGUUAAAAUUAAAAUGGCAUUCAGACCAGGUCAGACAGAUAUGCCCGUGGAGGGGCUCGAGGCAACACUAAAAGCAAUUACUCUGAUCGAGGAUUUCACUGCCUUUGAUGCCCAGCUGCCACAUCUGAGUAACAUGGAUGUUGUGGACCACUUUUCACUGAACCAGUGUCGAUCAGAGGAAAUCACUCUGAAAGAAGAUUUUGGAAAUGGCUUUCUGAACUUAGUGGAUUUCGGAGACGAGUCCCAGAGCCACCAGAAUGGGCUGCUGGAUAUGAGCUUCCAGAGCUUCGGUCAACAUGGAGACGAUUUUGGGGAUGAGAAUAGAGGACUCGACCUACUCGACUUUCUGACAAUCUCCAGUGAUAAUGCCGAGUCCACUGACUUCGUCCUAGAGGAGCCUCUCAAUGAACAUCCAGAGAUCUCCUCACUCGAUCAUCAACCAGAUAGUGACAGAACGGCGAUGGAGACCCCGACACUGAAUCAGACCACCCUGCUCACUAACGAGGGCGAGGCCUUUGCACUCGAACCUGUGACCGUCACUCCGAACUCGGAGAGGAAGAGGGGGAAGAGGAAACGCAAGUUGAUUGUGGACCAGACUAAAGAGCUGACCAAUGACUGCAUCAGAGGGCAGCUCCUCGACGAUUCCGAUCUGGUUGCCCCGUUGGACAUGGCCCCACCCACUCUGCAGCUCAUGCAGUGGAAGGAGAGCGGCGGUGUGGACAAACUCUUUACACAGCCGUGUUCCUCUGUAGCAGCUCCACAUGUGAAGAAGCUCUUUGCCAAGAGUAUUUUCCAGGUGAAAUCGUAUGUAGUGCGUGAGGAGGUUGAGGUGAUGCGUCAGGGUGGACAAGAUGUUCAGAGGGGCACGAGCACCCUCACCACAGGCAACGUCAGUGUCGUGGAUUCAUCAAUAGACCCCGAAAGAACACACAACACCGAGCUGACCGACCUCGAUCGCAUGAACGACAAUCUACCUGAGAAUUACUCAGAGCUCGCACAAGAUGACAACAGUUCAGAGUUCUCACAUCCAGAGCUUCCAUCAGAGGACUCCAUGUUUGUCCAUCCGUCUCACGUGCAGCAGGAGACUCAGUCAACUUCCCUCCACACUCAGUCUAUGCUGGACAGCCAGGACUUUGAGGAGAGGAUGAUAACCAGACGUACACGGAAGCUUCUGAACAUUCUAAAAAGCCAGAGCAACAGCGUCGCCUCGUUCAGCCUGAAGGCGCUCUGUGAAGGAGGAACUCGCUCGCAGGCUGCAACCACCUUCUUCUGUCUCCUGAUCCUAAACAAACAAAAAGCCCUUCACCUGCACCAGAGAGCACCCUACGAGGACAUCACUGCCACACAUGGACCCAAUUUCUACAAUUACUAAAACACGAUGCAGUUUCUUAAAAUUCCAGAGUUGCAGUCUUAGUUCUGUCUGAUCUGCCUCGUGCACAAGUAGCACAGGUUUGUGUUACUAUGUCAGUCUCUCGGGGUGAAGUAAACGUUUACUCCAAUAGAUUUCUGGGCUAAAUAGUAAAAAAAAAAAGAUGCUUGAAAAGAAGAAUCUCACUUUACAUUAUACGUCACACACAUUGGUAUGCUCGUGUGUGUGUGUCUCAGAACCUGUAAAUACUAUUUCACUUGUUCUCGGUACUUUUCAUUUGUGAGAAAUUGGGAAAGUAUCAAUGAAGGAACAUUUAGUCUAAAACUCUUUAUUAGGCCUCUGACAUCAGAUAUGGGUUUCUCAUCCCUCACUUUUUUACGUGAUCUACAAGGUCCUUUAAGUAUUUAUUGAAUUAUUGUUAUAUUGUUCUUGUGAUCUUUUUGGACUGAAAUUUCUUGCAUGUUCAGUUCAUGUUUUACACCAGUUCCUCUUCCA